AUGGGGAACGGCUGUGAUGUAAAGAUUGAGAUUGACCGUUCAGGAACUGGCGGAACCUUCACCAAUCAUGAUAUUAUCAGAGGAACGAUUACAUUGACGGUGACUACCUCGAUUCUGCUCAGUUAUAUCCAGGCCAAGUUGGAAGGGAUAACCAAGACCGAGCUCCAUGUGCCAACCAUGACUAGAAAGGGGAGAGAAAAAGAUCGACUUUUGCAGGAUGUACAUAAAGUACUUUAUGAUACGUUGAUUGUAUUCCCACCGUCGAAUGUGAGAAAAGUGUCACAGGCAAAGGAGUUCACGUUGAAUCCGGGGAAUUAUAGCUAUCCGUUCGAGUUUAAGGUACCACUUAACAGUUCAUGUUCACAAUUGAAAGGAAUCACCAAUAAAGUACUGUUUAAUAUGAAAAAGAUGGAUUUAGUUAUUAAUAAUGGGAAUUUCAAUACCAAUACUUUAAGAAACAUGGCCCAGAAUUAUUAUCAGAACUAUGCUGGGGUACCGUCAUCGCAGCAAAAUCCACAGGCACACCAAGAACAACAAUAUCAUAUCACCAGUCAAUUACCACCUUCGCUUAGUUUGGGAGACUUUGCCAGUGUCAAGUAUUACGUUAAGGUUACUUGUAAAAGAGCAUCUUUUUUAAAAGCAAACUUACGAUCGUUUGAUCCAUUUGUAUUCUUACCAUUGGAUUUGGAUAGCCAUAACCAACCAAUUCAUUUGGGAGGCGAGUUCGAAGAGUAUCGAGAGGUUUUUUUUAGAAAAGAGUUGAUCUUUAAAGACCGGCUCCCGUCGAUUGUGGCGGUGAAGAUCCCUUCUUCCAAGAGCAACAACGGUUCCGAUAUCCAAUUCAAACAAAAUAAUUAUCGACCACCUCCUCAACCAAAGAAAUCGGGCACUUUUUCGAGUAUGUUUCGUUCAUCCACUGGUAAUAGUGCCCCAAUGAGCUCCAAACCAUCCUCGCCGUUUUCUAGAGAUAACGCUCCUGAAAUUAACAUGUACGAUGUUCCAUUUUCAUUUGAGGUCAGAUUUCGGCAUCCUGCAUUCUUAAUACCCACCAAGGCACCAUCAUUCAAGCUAUUCUUGGUGUCGAACGUCAAGCCAAGCCGCUACUCGUUGGCCCAGUACGGUAAGCCUGACGAUUCAAAUGGGUUGGGGGUGGUGUACCUACAGAAACUUAUUGUAGAACUAGUAUCCACAACCACAAUCUCUGUUUUGGAAAAUGAUUCUGGAAGCACCCGGGAAAUCCACGAAGCCAAACACGAUGACGUUAUUAACGUGUGCAACAACACCUAUGAGAAUUUGAAAUUGGACUUAUUCAACGCCCUCAAACUGAAAUCAUUAAAUUCAUCGGUUACCAGCACCCAACGGGAAUCAAACGCAAUUUAUGAAUUAGAAAUCCCAGCCAAAUAUUAUGAAAAUAGCAUUUUACCAAGACACCUAUCUCCAAGCUUCCGAACUUGCAAUAUCGAUAGGAAAUACACUUUAAACAUUCUGGCCGGAUUCCUGAGUGAAAAAAUUACCGACUUCAACAAGGGAAGCGAAGAAAUGACGAAAAAAGUGAAGUACGUGGAUAUCAACUGCCUGAACAUCAAAGUCUUGAGCGGCUUGAAUCUCACCAGUAAUCUCCACCACAACGCCCUGAAAACAAGACUCUCGAGUGUCUCGAAAAAAGAUCAGCUACAAAACUACCACCAGCAACAAGAUCAACAGCAACAUGAACAACAACACCAACAACACCCACCAGCUUUCCCGUCCCGCCCCGUCGUAACACCCAACACCAACAGCACCCACAGCAUCCCCCAGACUUCCCAGGAUAACGAAUGGAGCGACUCGGUCCAACUCCCGACCUACGACGACGCCCUCAGAGAAAGCACCUACCAGGACGACAGCGAACACUACCGAGCACGCUCGCGCUACCACCAACACAAUAUAUAG